CUUUGGGGACGGGAAUAUGAGAAAAGGAUAAAGUAGCAAUCUGCAGAGACGGCGUGAGAAUCGGGGUUCGGCACCAUGAGUUCACCUGAUGCAGGCAAUUCCGUGUGGAACGAGGAGGAAUUUGAUGCUGUUCUCAAUGAAUUCAACGUGGUCAUUGACGAUCUUUCCUGCUCUGCAAAAACUGGUGUUCAGUAUGAGGAGCAUUUGAAUCAAAUGAAAAGGAUGGGUGCGACCAGUGCUAUGGACAGUGGAAUUGAUGACCCAGAGAGCACAGGAUCAUCUGCUGGUAGUAGCUUAAACUGUAGUGUCGAGGAGCUGAACUCCAUGGACACGACAACAACCAAAGCUAAACUUGGAGACACGAAAGAUCUGGAGGAUUUUAUUGCAGACCUGGAUCAGACAUUAGCAGAGAUGAUGUAGCCAUUGCUGAGAUGCACCGCUAGCCUUGCACAAGGAAACAUGUACAUGAAGAGGUAGCCGACCAGAUGCAGCCUCAAUGGAGCUUGGCACCAUGUGCUCUAAUACUUGCUUGCAAAACCGAGACAUUGUGCGGUGGAACUGUUUAUGGGAAGCAGCAGCAUUGUGCAGACAAGCAACCUGCACAGGAAGGAAGCUUCUUUUUAAAGCUGUCAUACUGCAAUCCAAUUCACUUCAGUUGUUGCAAACCACCUUUGUGUAAAGUUGAACAUGUCAAAGUUUGCACUGUCUGAAACUUAACAUAAAUAGAUCUUUAUCUCAAAACUUCUGAUCUGCAAACUUGUACAUUUUGUAAAAUAUAUAUUUAUCAACUUGAAGCUAAUAAACUACCAGAACUCUUGA